GAUGCGUGCCCUGCGCCGGCCUGUGAUUGGCUGGCUUUUGGCGGGAGGAGCAAAUUUGAAGUGAUCCCUGAUCGGUGAGAAGAUCAUCAGCUGCGCCAGUCCGGUUCCGGUGUACGGGGUGAAGCUGCUGCCGGUUCCGUCAUGUCUGUGCAGUUCAUCGUCCCUCUGGCCUUCAGAGACCUCCUGAAGAGUGGGGGGGUGGGGCAGUAUGUGGUCCAGGAGGUCCAGCCUGUGCGGCAGCUGCCGUCCCUGCUCAGCGCUUAUAAAGUGGCUCUCCGCUCUCAGGGUCCGCAGUGCGUCCUUCAGCACUUUGAUGCGCUGUACAGCAUGCUAUACCAUUUUCGCACCUUGGAUGCCUCUAUGAAAGAAGAUUUGCUGGAGCUCCUUGUGAAAGCCACUUCCCAGCAUGCCGCUGAGCUCCCUGCAGUCCUGGAAGAUCUGUCCCUGGCUCAGGCGGAUAAGAACACUCAGCUUAAUACUCUGAAGAUGAAUUGCUUUCUCCUCGUACAUUUGGUUGAGGCCUUUGAGGUGGAGACUUACAAAGCUGCGUUGGGGAACGUGGAGCCCAGUGGUAAGGGAAGGAAGGCGAAGUCCAAAGCUGACGGCUUUCUUUGGGAAACGGAGCGAGAAAAUGUCCUGCAGACCAUCACACAUCUCCUCCAACUAGACAUCCGGAGACUGUGGAGCAUGUCGCUGAUCGAGGAGGAGUUUAUCAGCAUGGUAACCGGCUGCUGCUAUAAGAUGAUGGAAAAUCCGAGUAUAGGAGCUCUGAAGAACAAGCCGCUGUGGGAGGCAUUAUCGCACCUCCUGGGAGUGGCUGUAAAACGCUCCAAUGACACGCUGAGUGUCAGUGUGAAAGUCAUCCAACUCCUGCAGCACUUUGAGCACCUGGCCCCUGUCCUUGUCCAUGCGUUGGCGCUGUGGGCCACAGAGUAUGGGAUGAAGUCUCUGGUGGGAGAGAUCAUGAGGAAGAUUGGCCAGAAGUCUUGUCAGGAUCUUUCCAGGGAGAGCUCCAGUGUGAAGACGUUGGCCGCCUUUAUUACUCAGCUGGCUGAGCGCAUUCCCAACAUUGUCAUGCCCAAUAUCAGCGUGCUGCUGGACUACCUGGAUGGAGAGCCUUACAUCAUGAGGAACGCAGUGCUGACUGUCAUGGGAGAAAUGGUGAUCCGCGUUCUUAGCGGCGAUCAGCUGGGUGAUGCAGAGAAGAACACAAGAGAUAAUUUCCUGGACACUCUGCAGGAACACCUUCAUGAUAUCAACACCUUUGUGCGUUCCUGCGUGAUGCAGAUUUUCAACCGGAUUGUGCAGGAAAAGGCUCUGCCUUUGUCACGUUUCCGGGCUGUGGUCACUCUGGUGGUCGGUCGGCUGUUUGACAAGUCGGUGAAAGUUUGUAAGAACGCCAUACAAGUAUUGGCCUCCUUCCUCGCCAACAAUCCUUUCACUUGUAAGCUCAGCAGUGUGGAUUUGAAGGAGCCCCUAGAGAAAGAGACCACAAAGCUGAAGGAACUUAAGGAGAAGCGGAGAGUUAAACCCCCAGUGGUGGUGAUUUCUCCGGAGGAAGAAUGGGAAGCCAUGCUCCCUGAACUGAAGGAUACUCUGCACACCCUGGCACAGGAGAGUGAUGAGGAAGAUGAAGAAGAAGAAAUUGAUACAAUAGAGAAAUUACAGGAGCGUGUUCUGCAUCUCCUGAAGAUCACCAGUUACAAACACUCCAUCUUCUUGGUGAAGAAAGGAAUAUCGAGCUUCCCGGACGAUUCCUUGUUCGGAGUUGGUGAAGAUGCCGAGGAUGAAGCGGUGCUGGGGAUUCUGGAGCAAAUCUUCACAGCAAAGGGAAAGAAUUUGGAAUCCCCGCCCAGUGAGGAUCCGUUGCCUCCCCCCGAUGGAGAAAACAAGGACUCUGAAGAGACUUCAGAUGAGCAGGACAAGACUGACCUGAGCAAGCAAGAAAUGCUGGUCCAGUACCUGACAGACGCUCGCUAUUUUGCCUUGAAGAUCGAGGAAGCCAUUGAUGUCAUCAGCAAGAUGAUGUAUGAAGCGGCCUCAUCAGUGGUACAGGAAGUCAUUGAGUUCUUUGUUACGGUGUCGCAGUUCGGGGUGCCUCAGGCUGUGAUCGGUGUACGCCGCAUGCUGCCACUUGUCUGGUCGAAGGAGCCUGGUGUUCGUGAUGCCGUGGUGGGCGCUUACCGCCAGCUGUACCUCUCCUCUUCUGGCUCAGAAUCUGAAAGGGUGAGAGCUCAAAAUCUGAUCCGGAACCUUUCUCUGCUUAUGGUGGACUCGUCUGCCGGAGUGAUCCAGUCUCUGGAGGAGAUCGUGCUGGAGUUUGUGCAGAAGGGGGAAAUCAACCCCGCCGUCCCCCAGUUACUUUGGGAGAAGUUUACACUCAAGUCUCCUUGUUCUGAUCUGGAACGCCGCGCCGCCGUCAUGAUGCUGGGGAUGAUGUCACGAGGUCAGCCGGAAAUUGUGCUGAGUAAUAUAGAGACUCUUGUGAAUGUGGGCCUGGCCCAGGAAGGGGAGAAGGAUUAUCGGCUCGCUCAACACGUCUGCAACUGCAUCCUGAAAAUUUCAGCUGGACAAAAGUCGCCCCUUGGUAAAACAUCGGCACCCUUUCGCCUUCCGAAUGACCAUUGUCUAUUCCAAAACCUGAAAGAAGCUGUUGUGGGAGGGAUCGCCCAGCAGAACCCGUACUGGUUGCCCUUCAAAGAGACGGCUGUGAGGUUGGUGUAUGAAAUGGCAGAAGAGCCGGAGGAGAUCUGCGCUGAAGUGUUACAGAGAUGCAGUCAGCAGGUCCUGCAGGAGUUUACCAACCAAGAAGAAUCGGUGAUCUCGGCGUUCCUCCUCACCCACUUGCUGUCUCUAGCGGGAGACGUGGCCUUACAGCUGGUGGUGUAUCUGGAAUGUACCGUCAGUGCGGAGCUCCGGAGGCAGAGACUGGUGAGGGAGGAACAAGCCGCCGAGAAACAGGGAAAGAAACAGCAAAGGAAGUCUAAGGGAAAUGACAGUAUGGGAGAAGACGACAUGGGGCUGGUCGGCGCCUCCGCUGAUGAUGCCGACGCUGAACUCAUCCAAAAGAUUUGUGACAAUGAGCUUCUGAAUGGCCAACAAUAUCUGUCUGCAUUUCUGCCGCUGGUGCUGAAGGUGUGUAAGAAUUCUGGGAAAGACAGCGAUCCUGCCCUGUGCACCGCUGCCGCCCUCGCCCUCACCAAGUUUAUGAUGAUCAGCUCAGACUUCUGCGACUCCCACCUGCGUCUUCUAUUCACUCUCCUGGAGAAGUCGUCUUUGCCCGCCGUCCGCUCCAAUAUCAUGAUUGCUCUGGGGGAUCUCAGCAUCCGCUUCCCCAAUCUCAUCGAACCCUGGACUCCGCACCUCUAUGCCAGACUCCGAGAUGAUUCCCAGGAAGUCCGGAAAACCUCGGCCAUUGUAAUGACCCAUCUGAUCCUGAAGGACAUGGUGAAGGUCAAAGGACAAGUCAGCGAGAUGGCCGUUCUGCUCAUAGAUUCUGCUCAGGAGAUCUCCUCAUUGGCCAAGAAUUUCUUCACCGAGCUGUCCAACAAGGGCAACGCCGUUUACAACCUUUUACCUGAUAUUAUCAGCCGCCUGUCUGAUCCGGAGUGUGGGGUGGAGGAAGAAGCUUUUCACACCAUAAUGAGGCAUCUCCUCUCCUACAUCACCAAGGACAAGCAGACUGAGAGUUUGGUGGAGAAGAUGUGCCACCGCUUCCGUACCGCCAGAACGGAGCGCCAAUGGCGGGACCUCGCUCACUGCCUCUCCCUCCUGCCGUUCUCCGAGAAAGGACUGGUGAAAAUUCAGGAUUGCUUUGACUGCUACGGGGACAAGCUGAGCGACGACGCCGUCUACGGUUCCUUCAUAAGCGUCAUAGGGAAGAUGCGCAAAGGAGCCAAACCGGAACUGAAGACUAUGAUUGAUGAGUUUGAGAAGAAGCUGACGGUGUGCCAUAACAAAGGUCUGGAGAACAUGGAUGUUCCGGAGGAGGGGGUUCCGGACGGGGAGAACCCUCCGCCUUCCGCUGUGAAGAAGAAUGUUCCGGCUAAGCGGCGCCCUCUUAAGUCUGUAAAUAGAUCGCAGAAAGUAAAUGAAGAGGCGGAGUUCCAGACCCCGAAAGCCCGCCCCCCGAGGAGAACGCAGAGGAAAGCCACCAUUACAUUCUCCAGUGAUGAGGAGUCCGACCUGGAGGCGGAACUGAGUGAGGCGGACACACCCAAAAACCCCACCCCCAUCCGACGCACAACGACUCGCUCCCGCGCUCGGUGACCGUCACCGUCUCUCCGGUGUCCUGUGUUUUUAUCUUCCUUUCCCUUUCCUUAUAUUUGUAUGAUCUUUUAUAUAAAAGUCUUCAUAUUUCCAGAUCCGAGUCGGAUUUUCCUGUCUGUGUCCGUCACUCCUCAAUAAAGUUUUUUUCAUGUGUUUUACA